UACAAUUAAUAAACACUGAGCAGGCAAUGCACAAUACCAGUAAUAAAUAUUUCUUUAUUUUAAUGUACAAUUUAUUAAUAAUUGUACUAUUUUAAACGUCAAUUGUAAAACUAAAUAAAAAUUUGAGUUUAAUUAAUAAAAAGAAAUUCUAUGACAGUGUUAUUAAAAUAUAAAUGCGACAAAUUAAAAAGCACGUGCUUUUAACCAAAAAAUUGAACUUCAACCUUUCAGUUGAUGUAACUUAAUUUAUCAUUUGUGUCAUUAUUUUCCUUCUAUAAUAAUUAAUAAAAAAAAAAAAUGAUUGUAAUAACAAUUCAACGAUCAAUUUUACAAGCAAUUAAACCAAUAAAUUUAAAUAGUUUUUAUAAUGUAGGAAUUACAUUACUACAAACUCAAAGAAAUUUCAUCACUGUCACAUCGCAAUUUUUCACUAAUUCCAAAUUAGAAAAACAAAGUAUUUUUUUUAAUAAUGCAAAAUAUUGUACACAAAAGAAAGAUUCACAUUUAAAACCAGUUAAGGAAAUUAUUUCACCUUUACAAAUUAAAAAAAGACCAUUGAAGAAAAAAAAAUCUUACAACGAUGAAGAAGAUAUUCCAGUUCCUGGGUUUUGGAAAGUUAAGGCGUUAGCCACUGCUGAGGAAUAUAAUUUGGAAGCUCUCAUGGAAGGACUUAAACGACAAGAUUUAUAUAUUCCUCAAAAAUUUCGUACAUCUUCUAAACCUGAACCAGAUGUAAUUCAAGCAAUUCCAAAAUAUGAAGUUGGUCAAGAACCACGUGAAAUUUAUUUCUUUAGAGAAGGAACAGUUGUCUUGUGGAAUAUUCCAGAAUUAGAAUUAGGUAAUGUGUUACAAUUUUUGAAAAAUUAUGAAGACAACAGUUAUAAGAAUGAUUUAAUUCACGCUGAAGGUGAAGUAAUGUCUUAUACAUACGCUGAAAAAGGCAAAAGAAGUCAUUUAAAAGAUGGAGAUAUAGUUUUGGCUCCCGAUACAAAUGAAUAUGAUAAAUAUACAUUCUCAAAUGCAGUAGCACAAUCAGUAAAAUUGGGAAUAUGGGAAGCGUCAUUAAAUCUUUAUGUUAAUUCAAUAGAAUUUGUCACUGAAGAUUUAAAAGCAGGUAGAACUAUUAAAAUGACACGAGAAGAAGUACUGAGAAAACAGGGAGAACUAUUUGCAUUAAGACAUUUAAUUAAUUUGAGUUCUGAUUUACUCGAUACUCCUGAUUUUUAUUGGGAACGUGAUGAUCUCGAAACAUUAUAUCAUCAAACUUGUUCUAAUUUUAAUAUUACAAAGCGCACAAGGGUAAUGAAUGAAAAAAUAAAUCACUGUGUGGAACUCGUGGAACUUUUGUCAUCCCAUUUAAGUGAUAAACAUCAUGUUCGAUUAGAAUGGAUGAUAAUAAUUCUUAUUAUGGUAGAAGUUGGUUUUGAAAUUCUCCACUACAUUGAUAGAUACUUUGUAAAACCGGUGAAUGAAUAAUAAUAGAUGUAUCUCACAGUUAAGGGGUUAAUUGAAUAAAGAAUUUGAAAAUGCUAUACUUAUCAUCGCUUCUCGGUCAUAUGGCUAUGAAGGGAGUCGAAGAAUUUUUUUUAAAUAAAAAAAAUAUGCAAAAACUUUUUGAUUAUUGUUAUAAUUCAUUUCCAAUUAUUCUUUUUGAGAUAAUAAAUUAUUAAAACAGUUAAA